AUGGGUGUAAGAAAAAGACCGUUUAUUGUUCGACCACCUCAAAAAUUUCGUGUUGGUAAAUUCGUUUUCGGUCUCUCUGAGAUAGCUGACAACAUCCAAAAAAUCAUUCGUCGCGUUAUUCGACUGGCUUCAUUAUUGGUUUUUUUACCCAGUCUGCUACCAGCUUUUUCUCUGUCGGUGUCCGACGAAAAGCGACUAGCAGAUCACGAACGGUGGAAAGGCCACGUCUUUGAUGACGUGAGCGACUCAAACUACCAUUUUGUCAGCAAACAAAAUCUUAACCUUUAUCAGUUGCGCAACAAAGCGUCAGCAACAGUAUCCAGUGGUAAAAACGGAUACUCGAAAACCAAAGGCCCUUCAUACGGUCAGGAUAAUUUAAAUCAAUAUGGGAAUAAUAAACCAAACUGUACUGAUGAAGAUGAGGAAUUCGAUCAUCGAAAGAAGAUUUGGAAAGCAAGUCUGAUCCUGGGGUCGGUUGGCUUGGCCUUGGGCAAAUUGGGUCUCGUUUCAAUUGUUUCACCAUUUUUGUUUGUGGAGGAUACCACAACAACAACGUCAACAACAUCGACAACAUCAACUAGUACAUCAACAUCUACAUCAACUACUUCAACAUCAACGACAUCAACAUCAACCACUUCCACAUCAACAACAUCGACCACUACUACCCCUACGACCACAACAUCGACAACAACGACACCAACAACAACGACAACAACGCCAACAACUACAACGACAACAACGCCAACAACUACAACGUCGACGACAACCACAACUAUUGCGCCUAUUUCUUGCACCACCACGACGACGAUGACAGCCGGAGAUUACAAAACCAUCCGAAAUCCUGGUGGACAAGUGGCACAGUGUCUUGCCAUCACGGUACCUGUUGGCAGCAAAAUUCAAAUUACUUGCACGGUCGUCUAUACGCAGGCUGGCACCUACACUAUGUUUUACACGAACGGCGGAACAACUCUCAUCACCGGUAUGGCCGUUGUGGGCGUGGUGUACACGUCGACGGACAACACGCUGACCAUCGAAUCCCUGGCCGGCAGUUCCAAUGCUGAGACGCUAUGCUGCUCAUGGACAACAGUUUAA